UAUUUUUUUUUUUUUUUUUCCUUCUGGCUGCAUAUUCCGGGGUCUGGAGGAAUUGUUUGGGAAACCCAUCUUUACAUUGAAUUUCGACGGCAUCUCGAAUCGUAUAGACCUGUAUGAGUUGUGUCUCCUGUCUGCUUCGGUGCACUUUCUGUCUGUUGCUCUCGUCUGCCGUUCCGCUACCUUUUUUUUUUUCUACUCCUCUUUUCCCGCCCGCCAUCAUCAUGUCUGCAGGAUACAACACGAGGAAAGUGUCGCUCAGCCUGCCGAGUCUCGGUAUCGCUCUGCCCGGCAACCACCACGCCGCACGCCGCAACUCCCCCACCAGCACAACCACCGCUCCAGCAAGACCAACCACGGCCACUUCACCAAAAUCGCAAUCCUCCAACAAGAAGAGGAAGGCGUCCCACGAUGGCGAUUCGCAGAGCCCGCGCCCCGCGUCCCAGCCCAGGAAGCUUGCGCCGCCGCGGCCGCAAGCUUCCAAGCUUGAGCGCACGCCACCGCCCUCGCCCACCUCCUCGGUCGAGAUGAUGGACAGGGACGUGGUCGAGCCGAAGCCUAUAGAUCUGGAAUCCAUCAACGAUGACAUUGUCGAGGCCGUCGUCCGCGUCCUGAUCAGCCAAGGGAACCGCCCUCACCUGGUCAAGGAGCUUGCCACCAUCCUGAUGCUGCAGCUCAGGAUCGUCCAACAGUCCGCAAAUCCGUGCGCCAUCAUCUCGUCGAGGCUAGCAACCUUCUUGAAGCGCCCGUGUUGGACUACUUCCUCGCCCUGUCCUCUGGCUAAGGAGCUUGAGACGGUGCAUCCCAGGAGAACCUACUUCUACCUCACCACAUGCCCGCACCCGCCGUUCUCCGAUUCGACCGUCAGCACGCCGAUAAUCAAGCGCUCCUCUAUCAUCACCCCCUCUCUGUCAAGCGGCACCUCAGCAUCCGAGGAUGCUGAUGACCUGGAGCGCCGGAGGGUCCUGAGCCCCUCGCCCGAGGUCGACCUGUCAGCACCCGAGUUCGAUGACCUUGACGACGAUCUGCCCAUGCCCACGACGCCGAUCGGCUCCUUCUCGAGCAGGUUUCCGCCAGCAGCGUCCCAGCAGCACCGCCAGCACCAUCAUCGCCACCACCCGCACUCCAGGCACCACCGCAGCGGGUCACCGCCGCUGGAGAAGGACGAGAAGGAGUUCACGCAGACGGCCAACGUGCUGCAGCAGAAGAGGAAAGCCACUGGGCAUCUCCUGGCCUCUGCACCAGCAGAUUCGAUCGUCGACAUCCCCUACAACAGCCGCGACGAGAACCUGUUUGGUGGCCUGCAGCCAAGGACCCUGUCCCCCACGGCGGGACAUCACAUCAUCAACUUUUCCAUAACGAGUCCGUCGAUGAGGCCCUCUUUCGGCGGCAGCCUGAAGAGGGAUGUCGAGGCCGAUGGUUGGGCCCGACUCGACAGUAUGCUGGAGUGGGACCGCAAUCCCGAGAACGUGGAACUAGACGAGCUCGAUGGACUCCUGGUCGACUUUUAAACAAGCUCGGCCAUUCCUCGUUACACAUGACCAUCAUCACCACACCCAGUUGCAACAUUUACUCCACGUCCCGAAGCAUUGGUCUGCGGCUUCUCUUCCCUCCGUGCCGGACCGGAUUGCACAGGCUCCUUGUCGGUUGUAUGGCGCUGUAUCUUUCUUGUUCUCUACCAUUGCUUCUAAUUAUUGAUCGAAUAAGCCGUCGCUUGUUUUGCCUUUUACAUGAGUCCCUGGGCUUGAGGAAGUGGAUUUGGGUGGUACGAAUUUACACGCGUGUGGUCCUCGGGGUUUUUUUUUUUUUUUUUGGCUUGUCUCUGUUUAAUGACCUGCCCAUUCAAUGUCUCCCCUCUCUCGUCACUUGGCUUAUGGCGUUCAGACGACGUCGACGUUGGUCAUGCCAGGUCUCGUUCUUUCUGAUACCACAUCCUGGCUGCCUUCCUUACUUGGCGCCUUUGUUUGCCGUGCUGUUUUAGCGCUCGGCAACUCCCUUGACUCGUGGCACGCGUUGGGGACGCAUGACCGUCCUUGUGGUCAAUCGCCUUUUUUUCUUUCGGGGACUUCUCUUUUCGGUUCGGCUGGGUCCUUUCGGGUGGGGGAUAUGGAAAAACGGGAAGGAAAAAAAGCAAAGGCCCCACGUUGUUGCUAGGGGGCCGACUCUCCUCGUGGCUUCUGUCGGCUCUUGUUCCAUUCUUUGGAUUAUUGGGGAUUUAAAAGGAAAUUUUGCGGAGCAGGCGGACAGAAUAAAACAAAAGCGGCGAUGGGUCCGCGGGUCUUUGUGCAAUUCCCUCGAGAUGAGGGCAGCUCGGCGACGGCGGGACCUGGGCGGGACGAGCGGAACGAGCGGAACAAAACCAACGGAAAAGGCGGGCAAAAAUGGCUGGUUGAUACCUCUCACCUUACUCUCACGUACACUGUACUACUAUGGUGGUAUUUUUUGUCGCUGGGUCGGCUAGAAAACGGCUUGCUUGUUUAGACGGGUGGUGGCCUUUGUAGAUUGGAAGCGGUCUUGAGCUCUGGUAGUACAUGAUGACGUUGAUGGGAAGGUCUUGAUGGCGUGAUGAUGCAUCGUGCCCUGUCGCGGUGUCGGUGCCAGGCUUGGGCCUCAGCUCAGAUCGAUCGCUGGGAAAUAAAAGCACGGAGCACAACUGGUCGGAGGGAUAAUCGAGAUCGACCGUAACUGUCUCUCGGUUAGGUCAAGGAAACGAGAUGCACCCAUUUUGGUACCGAGGUAUACGAGACACUGGACUAGGGGGUUGGGUACUGCUGCAUGUUCAAUAAAGACGGUAAAAUUACUGCCUCACUUCUAAGGGUAUAUUGGACGGUAUAUAUUUCUCUCGAG